AUGGAUCCGCUUAGCGUCGUCGGCCUUGUCGGAAACAUUGUUCAGUUUGUUGAUUUCACAGGGAAGUUAAUAUCUAAAUCUGUCUUCCUCUACCACUCUGGAAAAGGCGUAUUACCGGAAAACAUUGAUAUUGAGACUGCAACAAAACACCUGGUCCUACUGAAUACUAAGCUUAAGGAUGCUGCAACUUCUACCGGUAGCAGAGAACUUCAAAGACUCUGCACAUCAUGCGGUGACGUCGCAGACGAGCUGCUCGCAGCGGUAGAUAAAGUCAAGGUUAAGGGCGAGCCAGGGAAAUGGAAGAGUGUACAGAAGGCACUACGAAGUGUUUGGAGCAAGGAUGAUAUUGAGGGAUUAGAAAAACGCCUGGCAAGGUUCCGCGAGGAGCUGAACCUGCACAUAGCGCUUAAUUUUGCUGACUCAAAGUGCGAUGCAGGGAUCAAGUUGCUGAGUUUAGAACAGAGUACUCGGAUCGCCUCCAAGAACUCGACUCUGCAACAAAGAAAGCUUCUUGACGCCAUUAUCAGGCAAAGAGAUGUUUUUCAACCGGCACAUGAAGCACAACUUACUCUCAUGAAAGAUCUGCACGGAGAAACAGUAACAAGAAUCGAAGAUGAGCAUGAGAUCACGCGCCGUGAGAUAAUUCAUGAGAUUAGAAAGAGGCUGCCUGGACCUGGACAUGAUAUGAGCGGGCAGGAACAGGGCACAUCCCAGCAACAAGAUCCUUGCUUCUCUGUUCCCUUUAUAAGAAACCGACAGUUUGUAAACCGCGGGCAACUUGAUGAAGUUGAGAGAAGGCUUUUUAUAGAAGGCAACUGCCCGAAAGUCGCAAUCUACGGUCUCGGAGGAGUAGGCAAAACCCAAAUCGCACUUGAGUUGGCUUACCGAACAAGAGAACAAAGACCAGACUACUCCGUCUUCUGGGUGCCUGCAACGACCGUUGAGAACUUUCAACAAGCAUAUCUAGAUAUUGGACGGAAGCUGCAUUUACUGCAGCCUAAGGAGCAAAAGGAAGACAUCAAGAAGAUUGUGCGAGACUAUUUAAGUCGAGAAAGUGCGGGCCAUUGGUUACUAAUAUAUGACAAUGCUGACGAUAUUGACAUGUGGGUAGAGAACACGAACGGCACAAAUGAGCCAACUUUAAUCAAUUACAUACCGAGAAGCAACAAAGGAUCCAUAAUUUUUACGACACGGAACCGAAAGGCCGCGGUCAAGCUCGCUCACCAAAAUGUGGUGGGAAUCCGCGAGAUGGAUGAGGAUGCAGCAAUCCAGAUGCUUAGCAGACUCCUGAUCGAUCAACAAAUCCUGAAUGAUCGGCAUAUCAUCCUUGACCUCCUUGAGCAACUUACCUUUCUCCCUCUUGCCAUUGCGCAAGCAGCUGCAUACAUGAAUGAAAACGGCAUAACAGUGUCAGAGUACUUGUCGCUUCUAAGGGAUAAAGAACAAAAUAUUAUUGAAGUCCUGAGUGAAAACUUCGAAGAUGAAGGAAGAUACCGUCAUGUCAAGAAUCCUGUCGCGACCACAUGGCUGAUUUCGUUUGAUCAGAUCAGGUGUCGCGAUCCUCUGGCGGCUGAGUAUCUCUCAUUUAUGGCAUGUCUUAAUCCAAAGGCAAUUCCGCAGUCGCUUUUGCCUCCGGCGCCGUCAAAAAAACGGAUGACCGAUGCAAUUGGAACCCUAAGUGGUUACUCUUUUAUUACAAGGCGGCCAGCAGAUGAGUCUCUAGACCUCCAUCGCCUAGUGCAUCUUGCCACUAGGAAUUGGCUGCGAAUGGAAAACUGCGAUACAGAGUGGGUAGCAAAGGCCAUUGCACGAUUGGACUGUGUCUUCCCAAGUCACGAUCAUAAAAACAGAGACUUGUGGAGAGCUUACCUACCACAUGCACAAUAUCUUGUCGGGUCUGAUCUCGGCAAUGGGGUUAGAGAGAGACUAUCACUGCUUAUGAAGCUCGGACAAUGUCUGCUCAGUGAUGGAAGGUAUAAUGACGCUGAAAAGCCAUUCCUGGAGGUGAUGGAGGCAAGAAAAAAGGUGCUGGGAGAGGAGCACCCAGCUACACUUGCCAGUAUGGCCAAUCUUGCAUCAACAUACCGGAAUCAAGGACGAUGGAAGGAGGCAGAGG